ACACGAGCAGUUCAUUAACCUAAAUCAAAAGCAACUGAGAUUGCCCUGCUUAUUAAUUUUAGAAGCUGGAUGGGAGAGCAGAUAAUAUUCACACAGACUUCCAGAGACCUCUUUUAAUGAUACAACAUAACAAAGCAAACAACUUCUUUCUUACUCCUACCCACCUGUUCCACUCAGUGAAUCCCAGCAGCGUGUGCUGUGUUUUUAUUUUGUCAAACUCGACGCUCCUCUCUUCUCAGCGCCGCGCGACUAUAACUUCCGUGUUGGCGUGUCCCGUCCAUCGGUCCCGACGUCACGCGGAAUGUGAAGCAGGAAACGCGGAUGUGUUGCGCUUAAUCUGCAUCUACAGACGUGUUCCGAUCCAUAUGUCGAACCCAGCCCCCCUUUCAAGCUGAUCUGAUCCAAACGCAGUGCAUCGGGCGCGGGUUGGACGAAAUCGAGUGGAGGAAUGCCUGCCGGAGUGUGUGGAUGUUGUGGUCCUCUGCGGCCACGCUACAAGCGUCUAGUGGACAACAUUUUCCCAGAGGACCCCAAGGAUGGACUAGUGAAAUCUGAUAUGGAAAAGCUGACUUUUUAUGCAGUGUCAGCCCCAGAAAAGCUGGACCGUAUCGGAGCGUACCUUGCAGAACGCCUCAGCAGAGAUGUGGUGCGACAUCGCUACGGGUAUGUGGUGAUAGCGAUGGAGGCGUUGGAUCAGUUGUUGAUGGCGUGUCAUUCCCAGAGUAUCAAGCCAUUUGUGGAGAGCUUCUUGCACAUGGUAGCCAAACUGCUGGAAUCCAGAGAACCUGAUUUGCAAGUCCUGGGCACCAACUCAUUUGUGAAGUUUGCAAACAUUGAGGAGGAUACACCAUCUUACCAUCGCAGAUAUGAUUUUUUCGUCUCUCAGUUCAGUGCAAUGUGUCACUCCACACACGAGGACCCUGAAACUCGCAGCAGGAUCCGUGUAGCAGGCAUUAAGGGUCUCCAGGGUGUUGUCAGAAAGACCGUGAAUGAUGAACUGCAGGCAAUCAUCUGGGAACCUCAACACAUGGAUAAACUCAUCCCCUCCAUGCUUUUCAACAUGCAAGAUAAUGAGGACUCUGAGAGGGCUGGAGAGGAAAAUCCUGCUUCACUGGCGGAGAGUUGCUUUCGCGAGUUGCUGGGUCGUGCUGCUUACGGCAACAUGAACAACGCCGUCCACCCUGUACUGGUGCAUUUAGACAACCAUCGUCUGUGGGACCCAAAUGAUUUUGCUGUUUCCUGUUUCAGGAUAAUCAUGUACUCAAUACAGGCCCAGCAUUCUCACCAUGUGAUCCAGCAAGUGUUGUCUCACCUCGACACUCACAGUAAGAACACCCCACGUGUGCGGGCAGGUAUCGUUCAGGUGCUGCUGGAGACGGUUGCCAUAGCAGCCAAGGGCUCCAUCGGUCCCACAGUCCUGGAGGUGUUUAACACCCUGCUAAAGCAUCUGCGUAUGAGUGUGGAUUUUGAGUUGGGCGACGGUUCCCGCAGGAACUCUGCGAGCAGCCUUUCCUCCACCCGCACUAAAGAGAGCGAGGAGCGGAUUGUCCAGAACGCCAUCAUCCAAACCAUCGGUUUCUUUGGAGGAAAUCUUCCCGAUUAUCAGAGAGCUGAAGUGAUGAUGUUCAUUAUGGGAAAAGUUCCUGUUUACGGCACGCCGUGUCACACGCUGGAUACCGUCAAGAUUGGGCAUCAGGGCACUAAGAGAAUCCAGGCAAUGCUGUUAAGUUCUCUCAUUAUGGUUACGUCAGGGUUUAAGUGUAAAACAAUGUGUGCUGGCCUGCCUGUGGCGUUUCUGGAGCCGUUAUGCUCCAUCUCUUUGAUGGAAGACAGUGAACUUCGGCAGCUCGUUUUGGAGAUUCUGCACAACAUCAUCGAUCGCCAUGACAACAGAGCCAAACUCAGAGGGAUCCGGAUUAUUCCUAAUGUAGCUGCUCUGAAGAUCAAGAGAGAAAAAAUCUCCAAACAGGAUGUGGUCUUCAUGAAAAAGCAUGGGCAGCAGCUAUACAGACACAUCUAUCUGGGCUGUAAGGAGGAAGAUAACGUGCAGAAGAACUUUGAGCUGCUCUUCACAGCUCUGGCAUUGAUCACUAUUGAACUGGCCAAUGAGGAGGUGAUGAUUGAUCUCAUGCGCCUGUCCAUCGCCCUGCAGGAUAUGGUCCUGGCUAAUGAGGAGAACAUGCCAAUGUUUAUUCGCUGUGGAAUCAUGGCGUUGGUCGCCGCAUACCUCAACUUCCUGAGUCAGAUGAUUGCAAAUCCCCCUUUCUGCCAACACGUCAGCAAGGUGAUUGAGAUGAGAAAUCUAGAUGCUCCAUAUCUUCUGCCUGAACACGUCUUCAGAGAGAAGUGUGUGCUCCCAGACUCUUUAGACCGGGACGAUGUUGGUUUGUAUUUUCAGACGGCUGAUCUGGCAGAAGCUCUGUCUUUACCUGGAUAUAACGUAGAGAGACUGUCCAUACCGUACAUACCCCAGGUUACAGUCCUGUACACAGUAGGAAAGAUUCUGCACAGAUGCAAACAGACAUCCAGAGACCGGCUGCCCCGUAGGAAGAGUUUUGUCGACACUAUUUCUCUCCAAGUUGACAUCCUUUCCAACAGCUUGCCCGAUCAGUCCGAGCUUGCAGAGGAGAUCACGUUUGAGACCCUGAAGAAGGCCAUCGAUACCACUGGUCUGGAGGAACAGGAAAGGGAAAGGAGAAGGCAGGUGAUGGAGAAGUUCCAGAAAGCUCCGUUUGAGGAGAUUGCCGCCCACUGCGAGUCCAAGGCCAGCAUGCUACACGAUCGCUUGGCUCAGAUAUUUGAACUCACAAUUCGCCCUCCCCCGAGCCCUUCGGGCACCGUGACGGUGACAUCAGGCCAUGCCCAGUACCAGUCUGUGCCAGUCUAUGAAAUGAAGUUCCCUGACCUCUGCGUGUACUGAACCACGAUCUUUCACCUUAACUCGAUCACACAGACUUAAGCUUGACAUGUGACCACUGACCUUUAUGACACUUUAUGUUUGGUCCUGUGACCUUGAGCUCACCUAAACCACUCAUCUUCUUUAGGUACCUUUCACUAAAUGUUACAUACAUUCAUGUCCAGUAGAGAGAAGGGGUGCGAACUGGACAGGCGCUUCAUGCCUCUAUUCUGCACCAAUCAGACGCAGACUUUACAACCAGCUGUCCAAUCAUACACCAGCUCUGUAGAAUCAUGUGAAUCUUACGUGUGUGGUUUUCAGUUUGAUUCUUGCACUAAAAGGCAGCUCUAGGAAUCAAACUGAGUCUUUUGAACACUUGAUUCUUCAGCUUCUUAAUGUAUUGAUUCAUAAGAGUCAUUUAGAAAACAACCCUAACUUAAUAGCUAGCAUUAGCUUAAGUGCUAGUUUAUUUUCAUUAAAUCAUUUCAAAACCAUCAUCAGCAGAGAUUUGAACAUACAAUAGAUUUCAGAUAAUUUGAAUCUCUCCUAAAUAAAUGAUUAUAAUGCAUAGUAUAGGCUAUUUUUGACUAAUAUA